AUGGCUUCGGAUGGGGAAUCAAAGCUUCUCGAGCAAUGCAAUAUCUGCAUAAUAUGCUCCAAAGAUCUCUCGCGAGACACCGCGGAGCAACUGGCAGCAACUAUCUCGCAGCAUGGCGGCGAGGCCACAUUAGUUGAGCCCGGUGAUGCGGUCCCCGAAGUGACACAGUUCAGCCACCUAGUUUCCCACACCAUCGAUUUCCCAGCCUACGACACCGCGUGCGAUGCCCUGAUCCCAGUCGUGAAACCGCAGUGGGUGAACACAUCACUGGCGAAGCGAAAACUGGCCAACCCUCGCCAGUACAGCCCUGAUCCGCGCCUCUUUUUGAACGAUGUCGUGGUAACCUGCGGGGAUAUACCCGAAGGAGACAAGGAUGCCAUCAUUGGAGGUGUUGUGGCCAAAGGCGGGUUGUACAGUCCUCGAAUCUCCGCCAUGGUUACUCACCUCGUGGAUUUGACAACCGAUUCAGACAAGGCGCGCCUGGUGCACGCGCGGAAGUUGCCUAUAAAGGUUUUGCUGCCGCAUUGGUUUGACGACUGCUUGAAACUCGGUCGUCGUAUCGACGAGCGUCCUUAUACCCUGCCCGACCCUGAAAUCCUGCGCGCGGGCCCCGACGUUCCUAUUCGAUGGCAAGAAAAUAAAGAUCUGGUUGGCGCGUCGAGUCCCGAACCGUCUAAAUUGCCUUCUCGGGCCAAAUCUGUGCACAGCGAAGACCAGCGCAGCGUUUUUCACGAGAAAUGCGUCAUGCUAUCUACUGAUCUGGGUAUCGGGGUGCAUCUUCGCGAAUCCAUCGAAACGGUCCUCAAGCAAGGCGGCGCAACAAUGACUACCGAUGUCAAUCAUGCGGACAUGCUCAUAUGCCGUUACCGCGAGGGAUUUGUAUACCGGACAGCGUCGAGACUGAACAAAGAAGUUGGGAACCUGGCCUGGCUAUAUCAUUUGAUGACAUUUAACACCUACACUUCGCCUUUGCGACGGCUCUUGCACUACCCCAUAUCCCGAGCUGGCAUCCCCGGCUUCCAGGACUUGAAGAUCAGUCUGUCUAACUACAUCGGUGAAGCAAGGAUUUAUUUGGAAAACUUGAUUGCAGCAUCGGGCGCUGAAUGCACGAAAACUUUGAAACAAGAGAACACGCAUCUGAUCACAGCACAUGGAAACAGCGAGAAGUGCAGUGCCGCGAGGGAAUGGGGACUUCAAGUCGUCAACCACCUGUGGCUCGAGGAGAGCUACGCCAAAUGGAGGCUGCAGCCCGCAUCCGACCCGCGCUACAGCCAUUUCCCGCUGCGAACCAAUCUCGGAGAAGUUGCAGGCCAAACACGACUAGAUCGGGACGUGCUUGAACAUAUCUUUUUCUCAUCCGAGGACACCGUUCCUCCCAGCCCGCGCCGUGCCAUGCAGAGCAAAGACCAGAACACAGCCGCGAUGCAACCACCUGCCGAGACAAAACGCAGAAUCGAGAACGCCGCAGAGACCACGCAUGGCACUCCGCAGGCGAAUGGAAAGUCGCGUCGACCUUCCGAACACAAGAAGUUACAAACGCCGGCACGGUCACGGCUCAUGUCCGAGGGUAAGGAGAAUGACACCCCAUCAUCGACUAGUAGUCGCAGGUCCAAGGAAACGGCAACUGCUCGACUCCACGACAUUGCCCCAGACAUCGCACUCUACGAAAAGGAAAUGAAGCGAGUUGGUGGGGUGAUCUAUGGCGGUAGGCGGAAAUCAGAUGAAGACCGGGUUCGCGAAAACCACAAGAAACGUCGCUCGGUGGAGGCGCAGGAUGGAAGCGAUGGGGAGCAUGCAAAUGAGGCCAAACGACAGAAGAAGUCCCGGCCGCCCAUUGCCAUGCACCUGCUCAUUACUGGCUAUCAAAAGUGGGUGGGGAAAGGAAACGAAAAGAAAGAAGAUGCAGACAAGCGACAUCUUCGGGAUCUCGGCAUCAUGGUAGUCCAAGAUGCUCGAAAAUGUACCCAUAUUGCGGCACCAUCUAUUUUACGAACAACCAAGUUUGUCAACGCACUGGCAUAUGGGCCGACGAUUGUGCACACCGACUUUAUUACCGAUUGUCUCAAAAAAGACGAGCUGAUGGACCCGGCUGAUUUCCCUUUGGUGGAUCAAGCAUCCGAGAAGAAGUUCGGGUUUUCGCUUGCCAAAUCCACGGCCAAGGCGAAGGCAAAUAAGAACAAGCUUCUGCGUGGCUAUCGCAUCCAUUGUGUAGAGGACAUCCGUGGCGGAAUCGAUGCAUUCAAGUCCAUCAUCGAAGCGAAUGGCGGUGAGUGUCUGCCAUUCCGUGGCCGCCUUGGACUGGCAAACCAAGCCCGACGGGAGGAGAGCGAUGACGAGGACAGUGAUAUGGAUGAUAACCAGCCGGGGCGGAAUGAAGUGUUUCUGCUCAGCAGCGCGGGGCCCAAGCACGCCCGGCUCUGGCCUCGAUUCCGACAGCUCGCGCUGGACAUCAAGAAGACGCCGCGCAUUGUACGGGUAGACUGGCUUCUCGACAUGGCCAUGUCACAGGAACCGCACCCUCCCGAGGAGUACGAGCUGACCGAAGACAUGGUCGAGGAUGUGGAUGAGUAG